GAACAUUGCUAUUAUCAGGGAAAAAUUCGAGGAAAUCCAGUGUCAUUUGUUGCCUUGUCAACAUGCCAUGGACUACAUGGGAUGUUCUAUGAUGGAAAUCAUACUUACCUUAUUGAACCAGAUGAAAACUACAAUUCAGAUGAUGACUUCCAUUUCCACUCUGUUUACAAAUCCAAGUUGUUUGAGUUUCCUUUGGAUGACCUGCCAUCUGAGUUCUGGCACAUGAAUGCUACAUCACAGAAGUUUGUUGUAAAGCCGAGGCACAAAAGAAGGAGAAGGCAGGUUCGUCAGAUUCCACGUAAAAUUGAAGAAGAAACAAAAUACAUUGAGUUAAUGAUUGUAAAUGAUCAUCUGAUGUGUAAAAAGCACCGCUUAUCAGUUGGCCACACAAACAGCUAUGCUAAGUCAGUUGUGAACGUGGCAGAUUUAAUAUAUAAAGAACAGCUUAACACCAGGAUAGUAUUGGUUGCCAUGGAAACCUGGGCUACUGAUAACAAGUUCACCAUAUCUGAAAACCCCUUGGUGACCCUGCGUGAGUUUAUGAAAUAUAGGAGGGAUUUUAUCAGAGAGAAAAGUGAUGCAGUUCACCUUUUUUCGGGGAGUCGAUUUCAGAGCAGUCGAAGUGGUGUAGCUCACACUGGUGGAAUCUGCUCCUUGCUUAAAGGCGGAGGUGUGAAUGAGUUUGGAAAGCCUGACUUAAUGGCAGUUACCCUGGCACAGACAUUGGCUCAAAAUAUUGGCAUUUUCUCAGACAGAAGAAAACUAAUAAGUGGUGAGUGUAAAUGUGAGGACACCUGGUCUGGAUGCAUAAUGGGAGACACAGGGUAUUAUCUACCAAGCAAGUUCUCCAAGUGUGAUAUUGAAGAGUAUCACGAAUUUUUAAACAAUGGAGGUGGAGCUUGCCUUUUCAAUAAGCCAACCAAGCUUCUGGAUCCUCCAGAAUGUGGCAAUGGCUUUGUGGAAGACGGAGAAGAGUGCGACUGUGGGACAGCGGCAGAGUGUGCCAGCGAAGGAGGAGAGUGCUGCAAUACCUGCACGCUGACAGCAGGCUCCCAGUGCAGCAACGGGCUCUGCUGUCGGAAGUGCCGGUUUGAACCUAAGGGUGUUCUGUGUCGAGAAGCAGUGAAUGAUUGUGAUAUUGCAGAGAACUGCACGGGAAACUCCAGUCAGUGUUCUCCCAAUAUUCAUAAAAUGGAUGGAUAUUCAUGUGAUAACAGGCAGGGCAUUUGCUUUGGAGGAAGAUGUAAAACCAGAGACCGACAGUGUAAAUAUAUCUGGGGUGAAAAAGUGUCAGCUGCUGACAGGUACUGCUAUGAGAAGUUGAAUAUUGAAGGGACUGAGAAAGGAAACUGUGGAAGAGACAAGGACUCUUGGAUACAGUGCAAUAAACAGGAUGUGCUUUGUGGAUACCUUCUGUGCUCAAACAUAUCUAGUGUGCCCAGACUUGGAGAACUUGAUGGUGAAAUCACUUCAUCGGUCUUGCAGUUUGGUAAAGUCUACUCUUGCAGUGGUGGGCAUGUGAAGCUUGAUGAGGAGACGGACCUGGGCUAUGUGGAGAAUGGGACGCCAUGUGGGCCAAAUAUGGUGUGCCUUGACCAUCGCUGCCUCCCCAUCGAAUCCUUCAACUUCAGCACCUGCCCGGGCACCACAGACACCCAGAUCUGUUCAGGACACGGUGUUUGUAGCAAUGAAAUAAAGUGUGUCUGUGACCGAUUCUGGGGAGGAGAUGACUGCAGUUCUCGAAUCAAAGAUGAUGUAUUUUUUUAUAAAGAUGCCAUCAACAAAGGUGUUGUUAGCACAAACAUAAUAAUAGGGGCAAUUGCUGGCACCAUUUUAGUAUUGGCUCUCGUUUUAGGGAUAACUGCGUGGGGUUACAAAAACUACAGAAGACAGAGACAAAUACCCCAGGGAGAUUAUGUAAAAAAGCCCGGAGAGGCCGACUCUUUCUAUAGCGACAUGCCUCCUGGAGUCAGCACAAACUCUGCAUCUAGUUCUAAGAAGAGGUCUGCUUUUCUGUCGCAUUUUCAGAUUUCUACCUGUUCCAUCACCCAUUAUUCCAUUAGUCAGAACAUUUCAUUGUUUUGCAGCAGGUCAAAUGGAUUAUCUCAUUCCUGGAGUGAAAGGAUACCAGACACAAAGCAUAUUUCAGACAUUUGUGAAAAUGGGAGGCCUAGGAGUAAUUCUUGGCAAGGUAAUAUAGGAGGAAACAGAAAGAAAGUCAGAGGCAAAAGAUUUAGGCCACGGUCUAAUUCAACUGAGUAUUUAAACCCAUGGUUCAAAAGAGAAUAUAAUGUAGCUAAGUGGGUAGAAGAUGUGAAUAAAAACACUGAAGGACCAUACUUUAGGACACUGUCUCCUGCAAAGUCCCCAUCUUCGUCCACUGGAUCUAUUGCUUCCAGCAGAAAAUACCCUUACCCAAUGCCUCCGCUUCCUGAUGAGGAGAAGAAAGCAAACAGGCAAAGUGCCAGGCUAUGGGAGACUUCCAUUUAGCUGCACCGUUUUCCUGGGAUGACACAAGAACUUUUUACUUUAAAUUCUAUACAAACUCAGCACCACUGAGUCGUUGCACAUUCAUCUGCUCUUCAGACAAUUCAAAAGAUCAACACAGAUGCCCGUGAUCACAGAGAGAACCUCCUCUCAUCUGGAAGGGAAAAAGCAGUCUCUUUUUUCUUUUUUUUCCUUCUGUUUUUGUUUUUUGAUCAAGCAGAAUUUUACAGACUUGCUGUAAAGAACAACCCAAACCAUCCCAACUACCAGGGGACCAUUAGAUGGACGUGAAGAGGCUGUUCUGCACGGUACCAGACAUGCUCACCCCACAUCCCGCCUGGGAGAGGGUUGGGGUUUUCCCUUGGCUUAGUGCAGCUCCAGGUCAUGCUGACCGGCCUUGGGAACGCGCACUCAGGAGAAGCUGGCCAAUGUAAACUUGUACGCUGUGUGCAUGAACCUUGUGUUCUUUACUUUCCACAUGUAAGGGAUAAACAACAUACUGUAGUAGAAAUCAGCAUGCAGGAGUAAGAAAUAUAGGAUUUUUUUUUACAGGAUAUCAAGCUUUGAAAGGCAACUCUUUGAACCUAAACAUCAAACAAACAAGGAUUAUAUCUUUUUCUUUUUUUUUUAACCUUACAUGUUUAUAAUCUCAGUAUACAGAUUGUAUAUAUGUAAACAUUUGAUAAUGUCAAAAAUAGCUAUUAUACAUAAGUGUAUUUUGCCAAAUGCCUAAAGAAAAAUGACUAACAUCAUCACACUUCAAAUUUUCUAAUACAUGAGCAGACAACUUUGGAAAUACAGAAAGUACAGUACUGUAAAACCACGUCACAGAAACUGGUUUUUGACCAAAAUCUGUACUAUCUUCUAAGUAGCCGACAAUCUCAAUUGUAUGGUGGAAUGCAGGAACCAGUACGGUGGCACUUUGUCUUAAAUCAUCAUAAGGGGAAGCAGCCAAAAAGCGCUGUUGAGUGAGAUGACCCAACCCGACACUGAGGCGAUCAGGAAUGAUCCUGUGGACAACAGAGACAGAGCCUCGAAGUAAAAUGCAGUACAAACUUCCUGGAAAUCUGGGAAUAACUUCUAACGCUCAAUUCAGGAUGUGGUGAUGUGAAGUCCUCUGGCAAGGCUUGCUGUGUAUUUCUGAUAGAGCACUUCAGAUGCUGUUUUGGAUGAGACUGUAACUUAUGAGAAACCUAACAAUUUCACUGCACUAGAUAAUACCAAUGCUGGGCAAGUGGCCAGUGUCAUUGUUGUCUUUUCAUUUGUUUGUGGAGUUUCCUUUACCAUGUGCUCGACUGCUCUGCUUGCUGCCUCUGAUGUCCCCUUGAAACGUUUGGGUGGCCAUAAACUGAGUACAAGUGAGUUUAGCCAGAAAAAAUGGAAAAAAAUCCCAACACUUUUACCGUGGAGAUGUUGAUCUUCCAAAUCAAUGGAUAGUUAGCUUUCGAAUACUGAGACUUCUAAAGGGUGUCUGUUGUACUACAAAGGUGGACGUUUCCACUCAGUAAGAAAACCGGACCAUGUUAAAUCAAUCUAUAAUUCUCCAGCUCUCCAAAAAUGACAAAUUCCUAGCUCCUAGCAGUGCCAUUACAGAACAACACACCUGAUUCUGUAUGGUGCAAUUGAAUACCUUGCCAACAGCCGAAUUAUCAAUUGGAUAUUAUCCUGACGGGAGCAUCCACAGUGUUUCUGAGUCUUCUACCUCUUUCAUGCAUUUCCUUUAAGAAGCAAAGCCAACACUUUCAGCCUCUUAAUAUAUUUUUUUAACUUUUAAGUAAGUGAAUAAAGUUGGAUAUAUGUAAGAUUAAAUUAAGAAAUGUUUUAAGAUGUCAGCAAGUAUAAAAUAUAUAAGAUUUUUAGAAGCACUAUAUUUUAUGAUUAGGCUGUGUGUUGGAUUGUAACAAAAUGUUGACCUUGGAGUUCGUUCCAGUGAUUUUCUUCGCAGUCAACAGGUUCUGAGUAGCAAAGCAUUACAGAAUUUUUAAUCUGCUGGAGAAAACACUCCUUACAACAUGACCACUUCCUUCUGCAAAGCUUUUGGG